AUGCCUUCCACGAACGAUAAUAGUUCCGUCUCGGGCGAAGUGAAAGAGCAAGAUCACGCGGCGCAGGUAGACCUCGCGGUCAAGGAAACGCAACAAACGACCGUCGGGACACGUCUAAAACAACACCUGACAAGCCAUGUCGAAGUCAACAUCCUCGCCGAGACCGAACUCCUAAUCCUCACCUUCUGUACGGGAAUGCAAGACGCGACGACCUUCCCUGACUAUCAUUGCUUUGCCUCCAACCAGACAGGCAACACGGUCAUGCUGGCAGUGGCCAUCCUCCUCCCGGACCUAACUGACAAGUUGUUCCGGACGGAAAAUAUCGGAGUUGCUUUGGGUUUCUUUCUGGCCGCAGGAUGGAUAACAGGUCAAGUUGGUCACAUCGUUGGGCCGCGAUCUCGUCUUUGGAUCGUGUUUUGCAACUUGAUCCAGAGUAUACUGGUCUUCAUUGCGGCUGCAAUUCAAUACGCUUAUGGCAUUGAGCUGGAAGGCACAAGAACCAUGGUGGUUAUCGGCUUGCUAGCUUUCGCGGCCGGCAGCCAAGUCGUCUUAUCGAGAGCAUUGGCAAUCACUGAAAUCAGCACAGCGAUGGCGACGGCGGCAUGGGUUGACCUGCUAACGGAUCCUCGUCUGCUCACGGCAAAGAAUCGCCCUCGGAACCGUCGAGUCAGCUUUCUUGUAGCCCUUGUGGCCGGCGCUUUCUUUGGCGCGGGCAUAUACAGGGGUAUAGGCACGGCAACUUCGGUCUUGUUUUCAGCAAUUGGGAAACUCAUAGUGACCUUCAUGUUCUUACUCAACAAAGGAGAGAAGGCACCGCAGUCCCGGAGUAUCGUGUGA